UGUGGUGAGCAUGUGGCCCACGCAGGUUUUCCGACCUUUUGAACCUUCAACUUCCUUUGGUGGGACCUGCCGGUACCGAACCACAAUCCUUUUCCUGCUCGAACCAUUGCUGCCAGUCUCAGAAGCUCACGCCCGAGGCUCAGCUCAGCUCACUCGAACAGUCGAUCAACGAGUUGUACCCUUGUGCUCUGAUUCUCAGGAGCCACAGAGAGGAGCAACAUCGACAGUUGUGAUUGAUUUGCAGACUUCUAAAAUCUGUCUGUCCUUACAGCAAUUGUCUUGCGAGCACUCUGCAAUUUGGCGCUGUGCAGGACGACAUGGAGACGCUAAUUCGGGGAUCCGUGGGAUUGAGUUCCCUCAGGGGAGUGUCAGUCUUGCCUCGCCCAUCCUUGUCCCGUGACCUAAGGCGGAGCAGAAUAGCGGUGGCAGCGGGCCCUCAGAGCAGCGCUCCAGAAAUUGAUCAAUCUGAAAACUCCACCUUAGUCAGCUGUCCAACCAGGCAUGCAGACACCGUGUUCACUGCAAAGACCAAGAAGGAAGACAUUGCAGAGCUUGUAUUCUUCCCGAGAGUUGAAGAUGACUGCACAGCUGACAGCAACUCAUUGUUGCUUUCCGUCUCUCCGCUCUCAAUUUUGGCCCUCGCCGCUCUCCCCGGUGCUGAGCAACUAACGAGUUUAUUUAGUCCAUUCGCUGAGCUCGUGAGAACAUUUGACCUUCCAGAGUGGCUGAUCCACUGGGGUCACCCCGGCAACAUGGCCGUCGUUCUGUUCGCAAUGGGAGGCUAUGGUACAUACUUGGGAUGGCAAAUACGUGUUGGAGAUGAUAUGGCUUUGAAGGCCACUGCCAAAGACCUUCACCCGAAGCUUUUCGCAGGACUUUUCUUCUUCUUCGCUGCGGGAGCCACGGGUGGAGUCACGUCUCUGCUGACACAAGGAAAAUCCAUCUUCGAGAGCAAUCAUGCGUUGACGGGAUUGAUUGGCCUGGCACUUCUUGCCAUUCAGACAGGUUUAUCUUCGCAAUUUGAGGGUAAACCCGAACUCCGCAGUAUCCACGCAUACCUCGGGAGCAGUAUCAUGGCAUUAUUUUUAGUUCAUGCGGCACUAGGUUUGCAACUAGGAUUGAGUCUAUAGUUACAACUUUCACAUGCUCCAGAAAAUGUAACGACAAGCAAAGUACAUAUCUUUCUCAGUCAAUAAAACAUUUUUCCUCGACGUUCUCA